ACGUCAUCAUACUGCGCCGCUACCUCCUUCUCGCUGAAUGUGUAGUAACUCGACGGCUAGCGUGAUGUGCUAAAAUGUUAUCAACAGAUCCGUGCCAGUAUUCGACAAGCGACCAGUUUCCCGUUAAGACUGCUGUUCUUUCCUCUGAGAAUCAGCACAAAGCUGCAGAAAUCCAGCCAUCUGCGUCCCUGAGUGGUAAACAACGACGGGCCUGUCUGAAAAGGGAAAGAAGAAGAAGAAAACGUCAAGCUCUUGCUAAAGUCAGAGAAUGUGCUAGUGUUGAUCAGUUUGAAACUGAGCAAGACCAUGGUGAUGAUGAUGAUGAUGAUGGUGAUGAGGACGAAGAGCAGAGAGAGCAAGAGCGUUUACACCAGGAAUGGCUGGAGAGAGAGCGGAUCGCUCAAGAGGAAUUUAGGCUGAGGAAAGAGAAAGAAGAGGCGGCUCGAAAGAAAAAGGAGGACGAAGAGAGGAGGAUCAGGGAGGAAUGGGAGGAACAGCAGAGAAAGGAAAAAGAGCUGCAGGAGCAGAAACAGCAGGAGAAGAGAGACAGAGAGGAAGCUGGACAGAAACUGUUGGAUCAAGCCGAAAGCCAGUUGGAAAACGGAGGUUCUUGGAAAAACCCUGAUGCCCCUUUGGAUUACGGGACAGAAAAGGACAAGGCAAACUGCCCCUUUUUCAUCAAAACCGGAGCGUGCAGAUUUGGAGACAGGUGCUCCCGAAAACACGAUCACCCGUCAUCAAGUAGCACUCUGAUGAUCCGGGGUAUGUUCGUGACCUUCGCCAUGGAGCAGAGCAGACGUGACGACUACGACACAGACGCAAGUCUCGAGUUCAGCGAGGAGGAGAUGCGGCAGCAGUUCCGGGACUUCUACGACGACGUUCUUCCAGAAUUCAGGAACGCGGGCAAAGUCGUGCAGUUCAAGGUGAGCUGCAACUUUGAACCCCACUUAAGAGGCAAUGUUUAUGUGCAGUAUGACACGGAGGAUCAGUGCAAAGAGGCUUUUAUGAUGUUCAAUGGACGGUGGUAUGCAGGGAGGCAGCUGCAGUGCGAGUUCUCUCCGGUGACCAAAUGGAAAACGGCAAUAUGUGGACUUUAUGACCGGCAUAAGUGUCCAAAAGGGAAGCACUGUAACUUCCUCCACGUAUUUCAAAACCCGGGUAAUGAAUUCUGGGAGGCAGACCGUGACCUCCAUUUGUCCCCUGACCGUGGUGGAGGCUUCAGCGGACGGCACAGGUCACAGUCACAGCGUGGCCACAGCCCUGACCGAUCUCGCAGUAGACAGAGUGACCGGUGGAGCGACAGUCGUGAGGAGCACAGCCACAGGUGGAGGCGGAGUCGUAGCAGAAGCAGAGAGAGUUGGAGGGCGCAUCACUCCCUGAGAAGGGAAAAAGCUUACUUAAACGACCGUGGCAGGAGAAGCAGAAGCCGCGACAGACGCAGAUCACGCAGCAGAAGCAGAGAAACCGAUUCUCAGAGCGGAGGUCGGCAUUUGCGUGCAGACUCGAGAACGGGCUCUUCCAGGAGAUCAGAAUCAAACAACCCCGAAGAGCGAUUCAAAAAUCGCUCCAUCAAGAGGAAGAGUGAGAGCAAAAGCCCAAAACCUGGCGACGCUUCCUCGACAGACGCGAAUACCUCCUCACGUCUCCACAAACGCUCUAAAAAGAGCAAGAAAAAGAAAAAGAGCAAAAAGAAACAAAAGCGAAAGAGGAGCAAAUCCUCCAGCGUCAGUUCUUCAGCAGCUUCUGCUGUAGAGUCAGAGGACGAUGAAGAUGAAGAAACACCAAAAGCCGAAGAUAAGCACAACACAGAAAAGGCUGGAGAGGAUACAGAGGUCGAUGAGAACCUCGUCUCUCUCCAGGAUGAUGAGGAAACUAAAUCAAGUACACCUGAAGUCACUCGUACGACACCUGCCAGCGUUGCUACUGAAAGUUUCCCUGAUUGAUGAAUGAAAAGGAAAAGACGUUGCUGUAUUUCCAGUUUUUGGUUUCAACAAAACUCUCUUCUUAUCAGUUUUGAUAUGUAAAUAAAUGUGGUUAACAUUU